UAUACAGUGGAACCUUGGUUUUCGUCAUUAAUCCGUUCCAAAAUGUUAGAUGAAAACCGAAAUGUACGAAAACCGGAUCAUUUUUUCCCCAUAAGAAUUAAUGUAAAUCCAAUUAAUCCAUUCCAGACACCCAAAAAAUAUUAACACAGAACACAUUUAUAGAGAAUUUUACAUGCAGGAAACAAUGAGCUUUUUUUUGUCAACUUUAGCAGCGCGUACAAUCAUUUUUACACACACUGGCUGGGAUCACUUUCUGGAAUGUGUCUCCCUUAAUCUUAACAUUACAAUGUUAUUGUAGCAGUUUGCCUUCUUUAUCAAAGCGCUGGAACUUGCAACUCUUUGCAGCAGUCCUACAUUUUACAAAGCAGAUUCCUCUCACACUCAAAUACACAGUGCGCUGGAAUGCCUCAUUAACACACAGCGCAGUGCUUGAAAAAGCACGGCAGGAGACAGUUGUUCAUUGUUCCGUGUGCGUUCUAUGAACAAAUAAACCAAGCGCGCACACACAGUAAAGAUGAUUCAUUAGAUUCAUUAGCCGGAAUCUGUCUAUAGUGUCCCAACUCUAAAAGAAUUGCUAUCUUUUUUUCACACAGACUGAGUCACCAAGGCGUGGAUGCUUUGUUUGGACACUCGACUCGUUUGUUAGAUGCACUGUUUGGCUGUACGAUAACCAAGACAGUGUAAAAGACCCGAUGCAUAUUUGUGGCAAUCCUUUUUUGUCGAAAACUGAAUGCUACAAAAUCCUGCGUGUGUGAAAAGUGUAUAGUUAAUACAUCCUCAUAAGAUGGGGGAAAAACAAAGAAAACAAAAUGUAUGCUCACCUCUUUUCAAAUUCACAAAUCAGCAACAAAACACCUGAUGCUCACCUUAAAAGUCAACAAACCAUUUGAGACAUACCUCAGUGCUUUCCAGCUCUGUAAUCAUUUGGUCAAUAUAUCAUACAAGUGAUACGAAGACCCUUUGUCUCUUUGUCAGAAAGAUGAACUUCAGUAAGAGCAUACAGGAAAACAACACUUCACGUGUGUGUAAUCUUUAAGCCACGGAUGAAUGCCAAUUGCUCCACUUUGAUUGGCUGAGUUCAUCAACAUAAGAAGAUUACAGCUAAUUCCCUGCACGCUCGGAGCCAUGCUAGUUUGGAGUAGAUUCGUUUCAUUUGUUUAGUUUUGUAUACAAUCCAAAUAUAGCCACCGCACCAAAAAGAAGCACACCAGCACUGGACCAGACAACCGCUUCCUGAGGAAUGAGAUUUGGCAGCUGGAAAGCCAGCUGGAGCAGAAGGAGAAGGAGGUGACUCACUUGAGGAAAGAAAUGGGAGGAGGAAAGAAAACUAUUGAGGAGUUGGUCCUGCGAGCUGAGACGGCAGAGGAUGAGGCAAAGACGUUAAAAAGAGAAAUAAAAAAGUUAAAGAAGAAGAACACGCAGCUCCAGCAGGAUGUGGACUUCUAUCUCGGAGAGCUGGAACGCAAGGAGUCGGGUCCAUCCAGAGACGAGAACGCUGAGAUUCAGAGGAAGCUCAGCUCUGCCAACCGCCAGCUCUCCCAGUGCCUGGAUGAGCUACAGCAAGCGGAGGAAGAACUCGGACAGCUCAAGACUGACAACCAGCACAUUCAGAAAUGUCUGAUGGAGUCGGCAAAGGAGAUGGAGAAGAUGAGCGACGAGUACAACCAGAUGAAGAUGGCCGUCCAUGAGUGCGACUCCAUGACAGACCAGCUCAGGAAAGAGAGGGAUCAUGCCGAGCUGCAGGUCAGAGAGCUGACACACAAGAUUAAAAGCAUGACAGAAGAGGACGACCCAAUCAUGGCAGUAGUGGACGCCAAAGUGAACGAAUGGAAGAAAGUGCUCUCUGGAAAGGAUGAGGAGAUUUUGGUGUACCAGCAGAUGGUCCGUGACCUUCAGCAAAAGUUGCGUCUGGCCCAGUCGGACUUGGACAGAAGCAGCAUUAUUGCCUUGCAGCAGGUCGUAGAAGAUCGAGAUGAUCAGAUCAAGAUCCUGAGACAGCAAGUGGAGCAGUAUACAGGGGAAAUGGAGAAGCAAACUCUGCUCAUGGAGGGUCUGAAGCUGUCUAAGGAAGGUGGAGUGCAAGUCCAGCAGACAAAGAUGGAGGAGCUCAAGUUCAAGCUGGAAGCUGCGGAGACCCGAGCAACAGAAGCAGAGGAGGCUUUGAAACAAGCGGAAGCUCACGCUGAAGGAAAAGAUGAGGAACUCAUUGAGGCUUCAAAGCGCUUGAGAGAGUAUGAGUCUGGAAUUUAUGGCCUGGAAGAAGCUGUUGGCGAGAUUAAGGAGUGUAAAAAUCAAAUCAGAAGGAGAGAUGUCGAUUUGGAGACCAUGACCAAAGAGAUCAACCAAAUGGACAUGAGAAUGAACGAGCUCAUGGAGGAGAAUGAGAAUUUCAGAGACAGACUAGGCUAUGAACCCAGAGAAGAAGUGGAUCUGACAGAGUUCCGACGAGCCAAAGGACUCAAACAACGGCAGUACAAAGCAGAAAAUCAAGUUCUGACUAAAGAGAUUGAACGUCUUGAAGAGGAAAGAUUGGAGAUGAAGAAACAAGUCAGACUCCUGGCCAAGCAGAGAGGUCUGCCACAGGUGGAGGAUGAUGUCACACACACUAGAAGAUUGCAGCAAACUCCUCAACUGGGCAGUACUCACAUCGAUGAAGAUCUCAGAGCCAAGACUGAAAACCUAGAAAAAGAAGUCAAGAUGCAGAAGAGUGAGAUGGAACUCCAAAAGACACAGUUUCAGCUCAAAUUGGAUCAGUUGUGCAAAGAGAAAGAAGAUGUGGAGGCUGCCCUCAAAGAUGUCAUCCAGGCCUUGAAGGCCAAAGAGACCAGCCCCACUGACACUGACAUUAGUAUUCCCAGUCUGGAAAAGUUGCCUGACGCACCAGAUGUCAGCAACAUGAGUAAGCAGUUGACUUCGCACCUCACAGCUCAAAUCUACGAACUGCUUGGGAGAAACGAAGAGCUAAGGCGGGAAUUGAAGUCAAUUAGACAGGAAGCAACCAGCAGCAUCAGUCAACUUGCCACAGCCAAAGAGAAGACCAGUCGCCUGGAAAGCGAGCUGGAGCAGUUGAGGAAGUCGGCCAACAGUGGCGUCCUCUUCCAACCUUUGGCCCUUCCCAAAGACCUGGACCCCAGCAGCACAGACAUCAUCAACUCAUUGAACGAGUACACCAUUCGGCUGCUUCAGGAGCUCCACAACCAGGACAACACCAGGGAGACGUUAAUCGGAACACUGGAGGAAUACAAAGACAAGUUUGCAAUUAUUAGCCACCAGCAAGGUCUUCUCUAUGAAGAGCACUUAAGUGAGAAGGCACAGUGGCAUAAGGAGAAAGAGGCUUUUACAAGUAUGAACACCAAACUUGAGGAGCAACAGCAGGUGGACGCUGUUAAACUCCAACAUUACAGUGAACUACUAGACACCCUUCAGAAGGACCCAGAGGAAGUCAAGAGACAGCUAAGCGAAGCCCUGCGCAAGUUGACCGUCUCUAAGGUCAAUGAGAAGAAGCUGACUCGGCGCUGCACCACCCUGAUGGAGCAGGAACAGCACCUCCGCAAAGAAAUCAGCAGGCUGAGGGACGAGAGCUGUCAAAUGCAAACUUCGGUCACCCAGAGGAUAGGAUACCUGCAGAGAUACAAGGAAAUGGCUGCAUUCAAGACAGCCGCGCUGCAGAAAGCCUUGGAUGACAGCGUGCCAUCAUCAGACCUGGAGAAGGCCAACAGACAGUACACGGACCUCACUGUCAAAUACAGAGACAUUCUACAGAGGGACAGCCUGCUCGUCAAGAGAACCACCAAUCUGGAACAUUUAGAGAGUGAGAACGAGUCUUUGCGAGGACAUAUUGCUGUUAUUAAUAAAGAGCUGGAGAUCACCAAGGAGAAGCUGCACACAUUAGAACAAGCGUGGGAGAACACAAGUGUCACUGCGGGCGAGAGCGACAUGGAGAAAGCUGAUAAGGCGUUGGUCAACAAUGAGAAGGUGUCAGCCGCCAGGCAAAUCACCACUCUGGAAAUGAAGGAGCUGAACGAGAGGCAGAGAGCUGAGCAUGCACACACCAUGUACGAACACAUGAAGAACUCACUCAAGCAGGUGGAGGAGCGCAACUCUGAAUUGGAGGCCAAGUUUGCAGAGCUGACCAAAAUGAACAUAGAAGCGCAGAGGGUGGAGAGGGAGCUGAGAGAUGAGUUGGCCGACUGCGUCACAAAAGCAUCGAGUGACGCAGACCGAGCCAGGAUUGCUGAGUUUGAGGCCAGGGAGGCGGAACUUUGCUCAGAGGUUUCCAAGCUUCGAGAGGUUUCUGACAUUGCCAUGAAACAGGCGUCUGCUUUCCAGGCCAGGCAACAGUCCAAAGAUAAGGAAGUGGAAUCUUUGAGGAGACAAAUCCUUGACUAUCAGUCGCAAACGGAUGAGAAGGCCCUCAUUGCAAAGCUCCACCAACACAUUGUGGCUCUGCAGCUCAGUGAGUCGGACGCUUUGGCCAGGCUAGAAGCUUCCACCUCUCACAUGCAACAGCUGGAGGCCUUAAAGCAGCGCGCCGAACAGCGACUGGACGCCUGCGAGCGUGCUCUGUUCCUUGCUCGCCAGGAGGGUAGGAAUCGCUCCAAGCACCUGCGACAGACCGUCCAGUCCCUUCGCAGGCAGUUUGCAGGCGCACUGCCGCUUCAGCAGCAGGAAAAGUUCUCGUUGACCAUGGUAAGCCUCCAGGAGGAAAAGGCAAAAGCCCAUGAGGAGAAGAAGAAGGCAGAGGAGGAACGGAGGAGGGCAGAGGGUAGGGCGGAAGAGCUGGAGCUUAAGCUUGGAGGGUUGGUGGAGCUCAUUUCUACUCUGAAGGAUGUGAGAGGGGCUCAGAAGGUAGCCGAGUGGCACAAGAAGAUGGAAGAUGCCUGUCUACAGGAGCUGAGGAAAAGCAGGGAAGUGGCAGUCCAAAAGGAGGAGAUCAGGUUCUUGAAGAACCUGGUGGAAGAGCAAGAGAGAAACAUCCACUCACUUGGAGAGGAUAUCGUCCAAUUGAAUAUGAUUCAAGAAGAGCACCAACUGGCAUGGGAUCAGCGAGAGUUGGAGCUCGAACGUCAGCUGGACCAGUAUGAGAACCACCAGAAGGAAGUAUUGAGUGGUGCUGAAAAGGUGGAAGACGCAGCAGGCUACCUCCCAGACCCAAGUCUACCUCCUGCUCAGCAACUAGAGUUUGCUUUGAGAAAAAUCAGACAGCAAGUUAGCACCAUUUCAGACACACAAGUUGCCUGUAAACAUUUGGAUGAGAAAUUAAAGGAGAAAGAAGCUGCACUGAGGACAUCCGAACAAAACGUUGUGUCCAGAGACAAAGUAAUCAACGAGCUGCGUCUUCGUCUCCCGGCUGUCGCUAGUAGGGAACGUCUCCUCGCGGACGCUUUUCAGCAUGACAAGGAAUCAGACAGUCAGGCUGCCCUCAAGCUUGCCCAUAAAACCAUCAAAGAUCUCCAAAGUCGACUUGACAAAAAAGAGGAUGUCCUCAAGAAGUACCAACACCAGCUGACCCAAGCCGGGAAGGAUCAAGAAGAAAUGAUAAAGAGGCAUGAAGAGGAGCUGAGAAUGCUGUAUCACAAGUUGGACUCCAACAACGACAACACCUUGGACCGCCUCAAACAGCACGCAAUGGAAAUUAUGAAGAAGCCCAGUAUCACUAUCCCGACGUCCAAACAUUUGGACCGUGUGGCUGAGUUGGAGCAGACGGUAGCUGAACAGGACAUAUCACUCUCGUCCAUCACCAAGAAACUGAAGCUGGCCACUGCAGAGUUGGAACGACAGAAGAUGGCCAUGGAAACACAGGCUAAAAAACACUUUAAUGAGAUGUUGAGGCUUAAGGAGUCGCAUGCUAUAGAGGUGGAAGAUCUGACCAUUGAGGCUAAAGAUCAGAAGAGCCAAAUAACAGAGAUGAAAAAGGAGAUGGAUUCUCUCCAAAAUGAGCUGGAGACCCAAAAGGAGGCCAAUGUUCUAUCCCCUAGCAACACCAUGAAGAACUUGGUUGAACGGCUGAAAUCACAACUAGUCCAAAAAGAGAAACAGAUAAAGGCUCUCAGUAAAGUUCUGUUAAAACUGCGGGCCCAGAUGACAUCUGCUGCAGAACAACAAGUCUUAGCCAAUGCUGCACAGACUGAGGAGAGGCUCAAUGUGCACAAGUUGGUCGAGAAGCACACUAAAGACUUGAAGGCUCAGGUGCAAGAACUUAAUGAUGAACUUCAAGUUGCAAGGGAGUCUGCCAGAAGACGUGAGAACACCUUAAAAAGGGAGGUUGACAGCCUAAACCAAGAGGUCCAGAAGAGCCAGAACAAUCAGAGAAGCCUUGAAGCUAAAAAGGAGGCAAAGGAAGAGGAAGUCCAGGAGCUCCAGAAACAAGUCAAGAGACUCAGCAGCUGCAUUCAAAAUCAACCUAUUCCCAAUGAGAAGGGGCCAACCAUUGAAAAUCUACAGAAGAAGAUCAGGAAGCUGGAGUCAGACUUGGAGAAAAGCGCUGAUGUUCGGAAAAUUGACCAGGGAAAGAGCAAGGAGGAAAUAUUACUGUGGGAGGAGGGUAAGAAAUGGCAGUCCAAGUUGGAGAAGGUGAAGAAUAUUCUCAAGGACAAGGAACAAGAAAAUGAAUCCAUGUCUAAACAGCUCAGUACUAUAAAAGAUCUUUAUGCCAGGCUGGAGAAAGAGAAAAAUGCACUUCAGAAGAAGACAAAGGCUCGAGGAGUGACCACGGAUCAGGUGGUGGGCGUGAGAAGAGAUGAGCUGGAGAAGGAGGUCGAGGAACUGAAGGCAAAGAACACUGACCUGGAGACUGAGUUGCUCACCAUAAAACAGCAACAGGCUCUCACUCGUGACCAUGCCGUGGACGAUUUGACACAAAGGAACCGCUACCUUGAGGAGAGACUACGAGCCUUUGAGAACAACCCAUCCAACCAGUCUCCGUCAAGACCAUCUUCGGAUUCGUCACAUACAAGGGAGAAAAACGUGCAGGCUUUAAAAGGGAUUCUCUGUGUUACUUUUGAUGGUGAGGAUGGGUCACCAAGGGCGGAUGCGGCUCACUGUCCUGAUGAACCAGAGUGCUGCUCCAUGAGCCCUCCGGCUCAUACAGACACAACUGACCAUCAGUCAAACAAACAAAAGUCGGACAUAGAAUCUCAAACCAACACUGAAGAAACCCAGAUGAGCCCGCAGGUGACCAAAAAUGCAACCAUUGACAAAACUGUUGAAGAGGAUGCAGAUGAAAUUGAAGCAGAAGGGCAGCAAAGUGCAGGCAAAUCUGUGAAUGACACAGACAGCAUCCCAAAUGGGUUUUCUGCAGUAGCAGAUGAUAAUGCAGAAAAAGAUGAUGACGGAGGAUUGACUUGUCGAGAUAGUGUUAACAAUGAGGACGACUCAGGUCAAGGAGCAGAAAGACGUAAAGGUACAGAACAAGAUGUUGAUCUGAAUGAUGAAGUGACUACCAGGGAGGCAGCAAUGGAUAAUCCAGACCAGUGCUGUUCAGCCGUACCAGAUGUGAAUUCUGACAAGAAACUGAGCCAAAACUGUGACAGUCCUAUCAAGAAACAAAUGGAUGACGGUGUGCAAAAACAAGAAAGCAGAUUGCAAAUAUAUCUGAAGACAUCAGAGCAACAAACAGAGACUCCACCAGAAAAAGUUCAGGACCUCCAGAAAGAAAACCUGAAGAUGGCCUCAGAGAAUCUGGAGCUCCGCCUCCAACUGGCACAGGCCAACAUUGACCUUCCAAGACUUAAGAGUAAAGUUGCAGACCAGGAGGAGAUGUUCAGUGCUCUGAAAAAGGAAAAUGCUGAUUUGCAGAAGAGACUGGCCAAUACCAGACCCGGCUACAGCGGGAAAACGGUGCCUGAGCUCGAGAAGACCAUCAACUUGAUGAAGAAGGUGGUGGAAAGAGUACAGAAAGAGAAUGAGACGCUAAAGAAAAACACUGCACCUCAUCGUGUGGACAAGGCUGUGGAGCAAGAGCACAAAAAACUUCAGGUCCAACACGACAAGCUGAAGAGUCAGCAUGAAGCUGAACUGCGCAAGCUUGAAUUGAAAUGUAGAGGACUGGAGAAAAUAGUGAUGGAAAAUGAACGUCUACGAAAGCAAGUCAAGAGGGAGAUGGAGGCCGCAGAGAAACUACGAGUAGCCAGGACAAGUGCGGAGUUGGCCAGUGAGAAGCUGGAGGCAGAGCUGGAGGAAACCAAACAAAAACUCAUGGACGCUCUCUCCAGGCCCAUCACAGAGGGUGCUGACAGCAAGACCUUAAAGACAUCCGUGGUGACUCGAAUGUUUGAGAACAAGAUGAAGGAGUUGGAGAAGGAGCUGUCAGUGAAAACCUCCAGCCUGUCUGAACUCAAAGAGAAGCUGAAGGAGGCAAACGAACGUGAGGAGACUACUCUGUUACGCAUCCGGGCUCUUGAAGAUCAGGCUGACAAGAUGAACAUUCUCGGGGAUCUAAACACAGAAACUGACCUCUCCAAGAAAAUGAAUGAGCUAAAGAAAGAGAACAAGGAACUGAAGCAAAGACUGGAUAGUGAACAACAUGGCGAGAUGUCCAAACAUGACACAGAUUCCAGGAAGCUGAAAGUUCUUCUGAAGACAGCUGAAGCAGAGAAAAGCAAACUUCAAACAGAAGUCCACAAGUUGAAGGAAGAACUCGACAAGUUUGAUCCAGCUUUCUUUGACGAGAUAGAGGAUUUAAAGUACAAUUAUAACAUGGAGCUGAAAAAGAACAUCAUGCUGGAGGAACAGCUCAAGAUGUUUGAUCAAUUUGGCAGCCAGGUCCAAAGAGCCAGCAUGAGUUAGUCCCAAGGUCAUGAACUAGCUCAGUUCUCAUGUUGUCUUUUAUUCACAUGAGGAAAUUACAGUAAAUGCCUUCGUAUGGUUAAGUUUCAGUCUCACACAACUUGAAUGUUUUCGUAUCCAUCGGCACAUCAGAAUUUUUAAUCCUUUGAUGACUUUUUCUUUUUUCGGUUAAACUAGUGAUAAUGUUUAGAAUCUUUCGACUGAAUUAUCAAUAUGCGAACAAUGACACUUUUAAUGCUAUCUACAAAUGUAAGACAUAAAUGUAAUUUUAAUACAGGCAGCUUUUAUUUACUGUACAUGUCAGGUUUACAUCGUAUAUUUAUACAGGUAAUUGUUACAGCUUUAUAUUUACUAAGAAAAUGAGUGUUUGUUGGUGCUUGUGAUGUAGCAGCACUAAGGUACAAUCUUUUAAAGAAUAAAAGACAUUUCUUACCAGGCAGAAUUCUUCUCUGGUGGCUUCUUGUCAUGUUCCAGCACUAGAAAUGAUGAGCAACAAAGACAUACAGGCAGCUUCUACUUGCAUGUGUAGUUUACAUUAUGAUUGUUUUAGGGUGACUAAACGUCCUGAUUUACAAAGACGUCUCAGAAAGUGCUGAAAGUGUUGUUUUUCAUUGUGCUAUUAAAUUGACUAGAUUUGCUAAUAGCUAAUAUUUUAUAUUAUGUUAUUUGUCUAGUCAACUUGAAAAGAGAGCUAUAAUUUUCUUAUAGGACUUUUUUUUUUUUUAAUUCCAGUG